AGCGACAGCGAGCGAUGCUUCGUUGGACUCUCCGCCGGCCACCGGCGAGUCCACCAUCCCAUUCCCAUCCACCCGCUCCUUCCAACUCCCAGGCGUUGCUGGCUGCUGCUACCGAAACUGCUCCGCCUCCCGGCCAAUGCGCAGUUGCGCUCGCGCAGACGCGCACGGACAGCGCCACAUCGGCCUUGAUUAGCGAAGUGUUCCCUUGCCCUACCUCUCCCUCCCCUGUUCCGACGCGGCGGCCGGUGAGCACCUGCCCGGUCGCUAGCUUCUGCCAUGGCUCACGAAGUUGGCGACAACGGCGGCGAACUCCCGCCGCCCGCGAAGAAGAAGUCGCCCGCCGAGGAGGAGGCCGAGAAGAGGAGGAAGAAGCUUACACCUGGGAGCUUGAUGAAGGGCAUCAUACGGUCUGGGAGUGGUGAUGCCACCCCUGCAGAGGGCGAUCAGGUUAUACUUCAUUGCACUACUCGGACGAUGGAUGGUAUUAUUGUCAAUUCUACAAGAAGGGAGCACGGAGGUAAAGGAAUCCCACUCAGAUUUGUUUUAGGGAAGAGCAAGAUGAUCCUAGGCUUUGCUGAAGGCUUCCCAACAAUGCUGAAGGGUGAAAUUGCUAUGUUCAAAAUGCAGCCUAAAAUUCACUACGCUGAGGUUGAUUGUCCAGUUGCAGCUCCAGAUGGCUUCCCGAAAGAUGAUGAACUUCAAUUUGAGAUUGAAAUGUUGGAUUUCUUUAAAGCCAAGGUUGUGGCAGAGGAUUUGGGGGUGGUAAAGAAGGUGAACAACUUUCCUAUAUCAUUGCAGCAAAAAUGCUUUCCCCCCUCCAUUUUCGUGGAGCACCUGUUAGUUAUUUCUUAUGUUUCAUAAAAUAGUUGAAGAAGGCAAGGGAUGGGAAACACCUAGAGAGCCAUAUGAAAUAACAGCACGGAUAACUGUAAGAACAGCAGAUGGAAAAGAAAUUAUUCCAAGUAAAGAAGAGGCAUAUUUCUUUACUAUUGGUAAAUCUGAGGUACCUAAAGGGCUUGAAAUGGGCAUUGGAACAAUGGCUCGCAAGGAAAAGGCAAUUGUUUUUGUUAGCAAUACUUAUUUGACGAAGUCCUCACUAAUGCCAGAGCUUGAAGGCCUUGAAGAAGUUCAUUUUUACAUUGAAUUGGUUCAGUUUAUCCAGGUGAGAGACAUGCUUGGUGAUGGUCGUCUAAUAAAACGACGUGUAGUUGAUGGAAAAGGUGAAUUUCCAAUGGACUGUCCUCUUCAUGACAGCUUAUUAAGAGUGCAUUAUAAGGGUAUUCUCCUUGAUGAACCAAAGUCAGUGUUUUAUGAUACACGUGCCGAUAAUGAUGGUGAACCGUUGGAAUUCUGUUCCGGAGAAGGCUUGGUUCCAGAGGGAUUUGAAAUGUGUGUUCGGCUAAUGCUUCCUGGUGAAAAAUCUGUUGUCACCUGCCCACCAGAUUUUGCAUAUGAUAAGUUCCCAAGGCCAGCAAAUGUUCCUGAAGGAGCUCAUGUUCAGUGGGAAAUUGAACUACUUGGGUUUGAAAUGCCCAAGGAUUGGACUGGCUUAACUUUCGAAGAAAUCAUGGAUGAGGCAGACAAAAUAAAGAACACGGGUAACAGACUGUUUAAAGAAGGAAAGUUCGAACUUGCAAAGGCGAAAUAUGAUAAGGUGCUUAGGGAAUAUAACCACGUGCAUCCUCAUGAUGAUGAAGAGGGAAAAAUCUUUGCUAAUUCAAGAAAUUCCCUACAUCUAAAUGUAGCUUUUUGCUACCAGAAGAUGGGUGAAUACAGAAAAUCCAUUGAAACAUGCAAUAAGGUGCUGGACACAAAUCCUGUGCAUGCGAAAGCUCUUUACCGCCAAGGAAUGUCCUACAUGUUACUCGGGGAAUUUGAUGAUGCGAGGAAUGAUUUUGAGAAGAUGAUUACCGUUGACAAGUCAUCAGAACCGGACGCUACAGCUGCCCUCCUUAAACUUAAGCAGAAGGAACAGGAAGCUGAAAAGAAGGCGAGGAAGCAGUUCAAAGGGCUCUUUGACAAGAAGCCGGGAGAGAUAUCUGAAGUUGGUGUAGAAUCAGAGGGUGGAAAGGAUGCGGGUGAUGCAAGGGGCUCUGGUGAGGCAACAAGUGCUGAUAGAGGUGCAAAUACAAUGGAUAGUCCGACCAGAGAAUCAGAGUACGCAUUCGAGGAAGAGAGGCCUGGGCUUCUUGGCCGCUUGUGGCCUUCUGCGAGGAGGAUCUUCUCGUCUGUUGGCAUAAACAGGUGUACAAUACUAUAAGGUGUUUAAUUCCUACUAGGGUGACUUUGGAAAUCAUGGUGGUGAAGAUGAACUGCCCCGAGGUUUGUGGUGUUUAUUAGAGUUUCCUGACGACGAAAAAAAUGGCGAGGAAUGUUUGGAUGUAUGGAAAACGAACCGUGUGCAUGAUAAUGUAAAAAAUGAGAAAUAAAUUGCAGGGAAUUUUAUUCGUAGUU